CGGGACCACUAAAACACGCCAUUUCUCUAUCACACACAGCACAAAACUCAAUCCUGACCGUUCAAAACCAAAUUCAUCAUCUUUCUUUCUUCUUCUUCCUCAUCCUCUCAAUCAUAUCUCUCUCUCUCACAGAGAUUGUGACUUCACGCACACGUAACCUAAAUCGAAGAUGGUGAGAAAAUAUAGAAAAGCUAAAGGAAUUGUAGAAGCUGGAGUUUCGUCAACGUAUAUGCAGCUACGGAGCCGGAGAAUUGUUUAUGUUAGAUCGGAAAAAUCAAGCUCUGUCUCCGUCGUCGGUGAUAAUGGAGUUUCGUCGUCUUGUAGUGGAAGCAAUGAAUAUAAGAAGAAAGAAUUAAUACAUCUGGAGGAGGAAGAUAAAGAUGGUGACACUGAAACGUCGACGUAUCGACGGGGUACGAAGAGGAAGCUUUUUGAAAAUCUGAGAGAGGAGGAGAAAGAAGAAUUAAGUAAAUCCAUGGAGAAUUAUUCAUCGGAAUUUGAAUCGGCGGUUAAAGAAUCGUUAGAUUGUUGUUGUAGCGGGAGGAAAACGAUGGAGGAGACGGUGACGGCGGAGGAGGAGGAGAAGGCGAAAUUGAUGACGGAGAUGCCAACGGAAUCGGAAAUUGAAGAUUUUUUUGUGGAAGCUGAGAAACAACUCAAAGAAAAAUUCAAGAAGAAGUACAAUUUCGAUUUCGAGAAGGAGAAGCCAUUAGAAGGACGUUACGAAUGGGUAAAGUUAGAGUGAAGAAGAAGAAGAAGUUUAUGGUUUUUUUUUUAACUUUUUAGAUUUUAAUAUUUCAGGGAAUAAGUUAAUUUUAUUUUGUUGAUUUGGAAAUAUAAGAUUUGUAGGAGGAAUGUUUUUAGAAGUACGAAAUUGCACAGAAAAAGAAGAAAGCUUUUUAACAGAUUUUAGAGCCCAGAAAAGUCGUGUCUUUUAGCUCUACUUUUACCUCUUCUUCGAAUCUUGUGUAUCUUUUAGCAUAUUCUUUAGUACAUUUUUAUGUUUUUGGUGACUGAUAAAAUUCUAUCCCCACACAGGUACAACCACACUCAUUUUUUUGUCUUCUCCGUUUUAAUAAUAUUCAACCAAAAACAUCAAAUGCAUUUUGGUAGAUUAUCUUACCGCCCUAAACGCUUAAAAUUAUUUUAGAAUUUUAUUUCUUACAACGUUUGAU